AUGGAAAUAAAAGGGCUAAUUCAAGAACUGAUGAACAGUGAGACCUUAUCUAAUGUAACAGAGGUCAUUGAGAAGUUAUUUAGCGAGACAGAAAAUGUGAAUACAGAAAGAGCAAAUGAGAGUCAGAAGGCCCAGGUUGAAGAAAGUGCAGUCAGCUUAUGGAACUGGACUGUAGCAAGAAAAACAGGCCCUAUUAUCAGUGAUAUGCAAAGAGUUAAGCUGCGCCAUGUUGCCUGCAAAUUGAUGAUGUUUUGUGAAGUAAAUGAUCCACCUGAGGAGAUGGUGCGGAGGCAAAUUUCGAUGGCAAUGAAGACUGGAAAAGGGUGGGUGGACGUUGGAAAACCUGCCCCUGCCAAUGAACUUCUUGAGAUUGCCAUGAAUAAUCUGGAGAGGCUCUAUGCCCAGUUAACCAAGAGGAGCACCAGCGAGGCUGAUACUCAUUUACACAAAGCUGAAGUAGAGAAGGAUGUAUUCAAAGUUCUGUCUUAUCAGGCUGAGUCUGCAAUUGCUCAAGGGGAUUUUCAGAAAGCAGUCACUUGUGUUCAGCGAUGCAGAGACAUCCUGAUGAGGCUGCCAAAAGAGACCUGUUACCUUUCCCUUCUGUGCUACAACUUUGGUGUAGAAACAUAUGAAUUGAAGAGAUAUGAGCAGAGUUCCUUCUGGCUCAGCCAUAGCUAUGAAAUUGGGAAGACAGAUAAGAAAUAUUCCCCUGGAAAAGAAAUGCUGGCUAAAGUGCUGCGGUUAUUAGCUACUGUCUACUUCGAGUGGGACUACAAACAGUAUCAAGACAAAGCUCUCAGGGCUAUCCACAUGGCCAAUGAGGAGAAUUUGCAUCCGGCUGGUUUUUUCUUGAAAAUUAAAAUUUUCGUGCAAGGGGGUGCAAUAGAUGAAGAUGUUGGCACAGCUGUUGCUGAACUUCUUCACCAUGGGUUUUCUGUAGAUGUUUGCUUGGACACAGCAAAGCUGCUUCUGGAGCACGAGAGGGAGGCCAUUGGCUUUGACUUCCUAAAAUCAGUUGCUCAGCUGUUUGAAGGAUCCCCAGAUGUUGGCAAAGUCAUUCUCCUUCACAUCGAACUCCUAUUACAGAGAAUGAAGGAACCGCUUGCCAAAAAAAUGAUUGAAGACAUCAUUGCAGGGCACAACACUGGAAAACAGCUGCCUCCUGAAAUACUGAACCAUUUGCAUCUUGUUCUAUGGGACAGAGCUGCUACACACUAUGAGGCAAAACACUAUUCAGAAUCCCUUCAGUGGUACCAUUACUCCCUUAGCCUCUACUCAUCUGGGCAGAUAGCCUGCCAAAACCUGGGAAAGCUGCAAAGGAAUAUGGCUGCUUGCUAUCUUCACCUGAAAGAACUUGACAAGGCUAAGGAGGCCGUGAAGGAGGCAGAAAGAUAUAAUUCAAACAGCAUCUUUACUCAGUUCUAUGUGUAUAAAAUAGCAGUCCUGGAGAACAAUACCCCAAAAGCUUUGGACGCUUUUGUUGCAAUGGAGAAAUCAGCAGCACACCCAAGUCAUCAUGAAGAUAAAUUGUUAACAGAUGGAUCUAUGGCUACCAAUCUCUUGAGCUUAGCAGCCCAAUUUGCACUGGAGAAUGAUCAACAGUCUGUGGCUAUUAAAGCCUUGGGAUAUUUAUUUCAGCACUUGCAAGAUUGCCAGCAAGCGUUUACGGCUUUAAAAUGUUUGAUUCGUCUUGUAUUGUCUAAAGUUGCAGUGAAAUCUGAAGAGGAGAUAACUGAAGACAUGAAGACCCUUUCAACAUACUUGACUGCAGCGCACCAUAGACUUGAUGGGCUAUUCAGAGAGGAGAAUGAGACGCUGGAAAUGAGAGUCAGUGAAGCUCAGUGGUUCAGGAAGAUAGCAUGGAAUUUGGCUGUCCAGUGCGAGAGCUGCCCAAGAAUUAUGAGAGAUUUCUUUAUAAUGUCACUCAAGUUCUCCCAGUUUUGUCCUCCUGAUAAAGCUAUCCUGCUUGCUCAGAGAACAUGCCUGCUCAUGGCUGCUGCUGUUAAUCUUGACAUAGGCCGGAGCAAUUUAUUACCUGCUGACCAGCAGACUGAAUUGCUGACGCAGGCCCUUGAACACAUCCAAUCGUGUAGGAAGAUCUGGAAGGUUCUGAGGCAAGCAGGUGAUUUCCCCAAAGAUCCAACAGACAUACUACUGCUGCUUUAUGAAUUUGAAGCUAGAGCCAAGCUGAAUGACCCGGCGGUGGCCAACCUACUGGACCAGGUGUGGGAGCUGCCACAUGUGGAGAUUAAGACUCUGGAAACUAUUGCAUCGCUGGCCAUGGAACCACCAGCUCACUAUCCUUCAGUGUGUAAGAAGGCCCUUAAGAUGGUUUUGACUCUUCUCAGGAAGCAGGAAGCCAUGGAUACCGUCACAUUCAGCAAAUGUCUACACAGCUUGGUUCACCUUUCUUUGCCAUCGGGCAUGAUUGAGGCAGAUGUGUGCGCGUUGGAGGAGCCAUGGAGCUAUUUUGAAGACGCUCUGAGCAUUUUGGGCAGCACAGUGUUGCAGGCCAGCUACCCAGAGGUGGAGAUACUCUGGCUCAUGACCAGAGCUUGGAACACAGGAAUAUACCAGUACUGUGCUGGCAGAUAUAAGGAAGCAGAGCAGUGGUGUAGCCUUGGAAUGCGUUUUCUGGCUCAUCUGGGAGCUCUGAAGAGCAGCUACGAGAGCCAGAUGAUUGGCCUUUACAGUGAGGUGCUGGACAAGCUAGACAGAGCAAAGGGGUUCCAUCCAAAAGAGGAGUGACAGCAAUCAAGUCUACAAAAAGGCUAGCUGGUGCAGUGCUAGAGUUCAUCAGCCAAUAGCACUGCAGCACACCAAAGGUA